UUGAGCGCACGUUAUACUACUUGAACCGGAGAAGACCGUAAACCGGUCUAUCAACAUUGAACCGGCUACUUGACUCAAACGACUGGUAAAGUGCAAAAAUAUAAAUAAAAAAUGUGAGAUCAGUAUAAUUCCAAAAUUACCCCUUGCUUACCCAUCUAUUUCUGGAAUCCAAAACAGUUCAAUCUCUCUCUUCGUCCUUUGUGGCUGCAAUGGGGUCCAAGGAGUGGCAAGGCAAGGAAAAUUCGAGCGACAGGAAAGGGCAAAAGAGGAAAUUAGAGCAACAAUCUGAGGAGAGAGAAUCCGCCAUUGUUACCGGCGAAGCUCUUCAACGAGAGGUAACUACUCAGGUUGAUAUUCUCAAGGCGAAUUACUCGUGGACUGAAGCCGAUAGAGCCGCCGCUAAACGAGCCACUCAUCUUCUGGCUGAACUCGCUAAAAAUGAGGAAGUAGUGAGUGUAAUUGUAGAAGGUGGCGCGGUGCCGAUGUUAGUGAAGCAUCUUUCAGCACCACCGUCGAUGGUGGAAGAUGAUGGUGUGAAGCCUUAUGAGCAUGAGGUUGAAAAAGCUAGUGCUUUUGCACUUGGCCUUCUUGCUGUCAAGCCAGAGCAUCAACAACUCAUUGUUGAUGCUGGGGCCUUGCCCCUUCUUGUAGAUCUUUUGAAGAGGCACACAAGUGGCUUGAAUUCACGGGCUGUUAAUGGUGUCAUUCGUAGAGCUGCUGAUGCCAUCACUAACCUUGCACAUGAAAAUAGCAGCAUUAAAACCCGUGUGAGGACGGAAGGUGGUAUUCCACCUCUUGUUGAACUACUUGGAUUUAAUGAUGCAAAGGUACAGAGGGCAGUUGCUGGGGCACUGCGGACUCUAGCUUUUAAAAAUGAUGAAAAUAAGAAGCAGAUUGUUGAAUGUAAUGCCCUUCCUGCUCUUAUUCUGAUGCUUAAAUCUGAAGAUGCUGCUAUACAUUAUGAAGCGGUUGGUGUGCUUGGAAAUUUGGUACAUUCGUCGCCCAAUAUUAAAAAAGAUGUCCUGCUUGCGGGUGCUUUACAACCUGUUAUUGGGUUACUCAGUUCAUGCUGCUCUGAGAGCCAGAGGGAGGCAGCUUUACUACUUGGACAGUUUGCAGCAACUGAUUCAGAUUGCAAGGUUCACAUUGUUCAGAGAGGCGCUGUUCCACCUUUGAUUGAAAUGCUCCAAUCACCUGAUUUACAGCUGAGGGAAAUGUCCGCCUUUGCUCUCGGGAGGCUAGCACAGGAGUCACAUAAUCAAGCUGGAAUUUCUCAUAGUGGUGGCUUGGUGCCAUUGUUAAAGCUUCUUGAUGCAAAAAACGGUUCUCUUCAACAUAAUGCUGCUUUUGCUCUGUAUGGUCUUGCAGAUAAUGAGGAUAAUGUUGCUGAUUUCAUCAAAGUGGGUGGUCUUCAGAAGUUGCAGGAAGGAGAGUUUAUUGUUCAGGCAACAAAAGAUUGUGUAGCCAAGACACUCAAACGAUUGGAGGAGAAAAUACAUGGUCGAGUCUUGACCUACUUGAUGUACCUCAUGCGUGUGGGAGAAAAAGCUGUUCAAAGACAAGUUGCUUUGGCUCUUGCUCAUCUGUGUUCUCCAGAUGACCAGAGAUCGAUUUUCAUUGAUAACAAUGGAUUGGAAUUACUUCUUGGGCUUCUCAAGUCCACUAGUGCUAAGCAACAACAUGAUGGUGCUGUGGGCCUCUGUAAGUUGGCUAGCAAAGCUAUGACUCUUUCCCCUAUCGAUGCAGCUCCUCCUUCUCCCAUAUCACAGGUUUACUUAGGCGAACAGUAUGUGAAUAGUCCGACGCUCUCCGAUGUUACCUUUCUAGUUCAAGGCAAACGGUUCUUCGCUCAUCGAAUCUGCCUUCUUGCAUCAUCUGAUGCUUUCCGCGCAAUGUUUGAUGGUGGUUAUCGGGAAAAGGAUGCCAGAGAUAUUGAAAUUCCUAACAUCAAAUGGGAUAUUUUUGAAUUAAUGAUGAGAUUUAUAUAUACUGGAUCAGUAGACAUAAAACCAGAUAUUGCACAAGAUCUCCUCAGGGCUGCAGAUCAGUAUCUUUUAGAGGGGCUAAAACGCCUAUGCGAGUAUACCAUAGCCCAGGAUGUAUCCCUGGAAAAUGUGUCAAGCAUGUAUGAGCUUUCUGAGGCAUUCCAUGCUGUUUCAUUGAGGCAGGCUUGCAUACUUUUCAUCUUGGAGCAGUAUGAUAAAUUGACUGCUAGGCCCGGGCAUUCAUCUCUUUUGCAGCAUAUAUUGCCAGAAAUUAGAAAUUACUUUCUCAGGUUACUUACCAAGCCUAAUGCUCUAAAUUAGCGACUUAAGCUGCCAAUUUUAUCUCGUUUCUAGAAAUGGUAUGGUUGAAGCUUUAAGUCACCGACAAGCCUGGCUUUCAUCUCUCCAUUACGUGAUCUCAAGUUGUCUCUUACGGCUUGCAUAUCUAACUUUCACCAAUAUCUGUCAUUUGGCUGCUUGAUGACUCUAAGCCACCUUUAAUUCCAAUCUUUAACGUUUUGUUCUCAUGAGAGCAAUACUGGUGGUUUUUAUAGCAAGUCCUGUGCGAAUUUCUAACAAAGCACUGAAAUACUAGACUGACAACUUCUGGAAGCAGUUAUGAGUUGUGCAUCAAUCACAUGUGAAGUCUGAUCUGGUAUGCGAGUAGCAGUUUUAGGUAGUAUUUCGGGUUCUUGCAGCUGCAUUAGGCUCAUACCUAUCUCACUGUUAAAGCAUAUAUAUAUGUGACCUUCAUAGCCUAAGGUCAUUUUUCACGGUUGAGUUUGGAAUGUGUACGAGGUCAAAUGGCACAAAUUAUAGGAUGCUAAAUGGCUAGGUGUUGUGUUUGCUUCACAGAGAAGCUGGAAGAGUUGUACCAUGCAAAGAAUAGUAUAUCGCUUUUGUCUCUAUUUUCUGUUACCUUACGCUACUACUAACUCUGCAAAAGUGUAAUUAUGUUGUCACGACUUUACAAGCAGGUGAUAUGAGGUGUAUUUGUGUAAUCAGUAAUCAAUAUAUUGACAGUUUCAACUAA